AUGUCAGCCCUGAGCCCCGACGAGCCGGCUCAGCCCACGCAACAGACCGGCCUCAACCAAGCCGGUAAUCCAGCUUCGAAGACUGCAAACGAGGACGCGGCUGCUCGAACGACAGAUAGCUCGGCAACCACCGAACAGCGGACUACCAACGAUGUUCCAUCUACUCACGAUGGCGAUGCUCGACCUUCGGCGCUUGGUUCAGGUGACACAGGUCCAUUGAAAGAGCGCGAUAUCUCCAAAUCAGACCAGCAUCCGUAUUCGAAGAACUCAGAACUGGAUGGCGAGCAGAUGCGGGCGCCAGGAGAAGGCGAGGUAGCAGAGGCCGUGAAAGGCGGUGGCGGUGGUGGGCACAAGGGUCAAGGAGACCUCAUGGAUGAUAUGGACCGGAAGAAACAAGAGCAUGAUGCGGAACUCAAGCGACGUGGGGAAAGGACCGGAAAGGAGAUCGAAGAGGAGGAGUCCGAGGAUUGGACCAACAGGAAUGCAGACGUUGGAGAGGCGCUUGCUGGGAGAGGCACCAAGAUCGUCCUUGCUCCGGAGGGUACGUCUUGA